CUGUCGACGUGGGAAACAGGAGCCGAAUGAAUACACAAACGCACACACACUUUCAGGCUCUGUGACACAAUUACACACAAACACACUCAGUGACAUGCGAAACACAUGCGAGCGCCGAUAUGUGGCUCAAACCGGAAGAGGUGCUUUUAAAAAAUGCGCUGAAAUUAUGGGUGACUGAAAAGUCUAAUGAUUAUUUCAUCCUGCAGCGGAGGAGAGGCCACGGAGACAGCAGUGUGGGACUGACAGGUCUCCUGGUUGGGACGUUGGACACAGUGUUUGACUCCACUGCAAAAGUGGCACCAUAUCGCAUUUUACACCAAACACCUGAUUCACAGGUAUACUGGAACAUCGCCUGUGGUGCAUCCCUUGAAGAGAUUUCUCAGCACUGGGACUGGCUGCAGCUCAACAUUAUGAGAACUCUCUCUGUGUUUGACUCUGGUGAUGACAUCACAAGCUUCGUUCAGGGCAAGAUUAGAGGGUUAAUUGUGGAGGAGGAUAAGGUGAGUGCGGAGGACCCUGAGCGUUUCCGUGAGGCUGCACUUCGAUUCGAGCGCUUGUUCAGUUUGCCAAAGAAGGAAAAACUAGUGACCUACUUCUCCUGCAGCUACUGGAAGGGCCGCGUUCCAAAUCAGGGCUGGAUCUACCUCAGCACUAACUUCCUGUGCUUCUACUCUUACCUACUAGGCAAUGAGGUGAAGCUGGUGUUCUCCUGGUGUGAGGUGAGCAGAUUGGAGCGGUCCUCAAGUGUGUUGUUAACAGAGUGUAUCCGUGUGUGUGUAAAAGAAGAGGAUCAUUACUUCUCCAUGUUCCUGCGGCUGCAGCACACAUAUGAGCUCAUGCAGCAACUUGCUGACUAUGCCGUUUCACGUAUGUUUGACAAGGAGACAUACGAUGCACAGCACCCUCUUAGGGACCCGCUACACAUUACACAAAGGUCUCUGGAGGCGCACAUGAGGAAUCAGUCAUUCCGCACCUUUUUUCGUCUUCCAUGCAGUGAAAAUCUGUGCGAAGUGCACGAGUGUUUUCUCUGGCUGCCGUUCAGCCACAUACACACACUUGGGAAGAUCUGUGUGUCUGAGAGAUAUGCAUGCUUCUCUAGCCAAGAUGGAAACCAGUGUACUGUCAUCAUACCACUGUGUGAGGUUGUGAGCGUGGAGGUCCAGAAUCGCAGCAGUCGUUCACUGAGUGUGUGUGUACGUGGUAAACGAGCUUUCCGUUUCUCGGAGGUUCGUGAAUUGGACAAUUUGGCCUCCACCAUUCGCAAGUGUGUGACAUCAUCAAGUCCUCAACAUUCGCACAGUACUCAGCUCUCUCUGUGUGAUGAUGAGGAGGAGAUGAUGGUGGGUCAGGUUCCAGUCCCCGUUUCAGCUGUCAGCACUGAGGCUCUGAUGAAUGUUUUCCAUCCACAUGAUGUUGAAAAUCUUGACCCAAAAAUGCUGAAGGAGCGAAUGAAGGAGCAGUCGUGGCAGAUCCAUUUUGCUGAGUAUGGCAGAGGAAGUGCCAUGUUCCGCACCAGGAAAACGAGAGAGCUUGUCACCCGCGGACUUCCAGAGACACUGCGUGGAGAACUGUGGAUGCUCUUCUCAGGUGCAGUUAACGAAAUGGCCACACACCCUGGGUAUUAUGCGUCUCUGGUGGAUGAAAGUGUGUGUGUUAGCAGUUCGAUAGCGUGUGAUGAGAUUGAGCGUGACCUGCACCGGUCACUCCCUGAACACCCAGCUUUCCAGAGCGACCGUGGAAUAUCUGCCCUGCGCAGGGUGCUAACAGCAUAUGCUAACCACAACCCUGCUAUUGGCUACUGUCAGGCCAUGAAUAUCUUGGCAUCUGUGUUGCUGCUGUAUGCGAGUGAGGAGGAGGCCUUCUGGCUGCUAGUGUCUGUGUGUGAGAGGAUGCUGCCAGAUUACUUCAACCGUAGGAUUAUCGGUGCCCUGGUGGACCAGGCAGUGUUUGAGGAGAUGAUGCGUGAUCACUUGUCCCAGCUGACGGAUCACAUGACCGAACUGUCCUUCCUCUCGUCACUGUCGUUGUCAUGGUUUCUGACACUCUUCAUCAGUGUGUUACCGAUCGAGAGCUCGGUCAGCGUGCUCGACUGUUUCUUCCACGACGGGAUCCGAUUCAUCCUCCAGCUCGCCCUCACUGUCAUACACCACAACAUGUCCCACCUCCUCCGCUGCCAUGAUGACGCUGAGGCUGUCACUGCACUCAACAGGUUUUUUGAUGGUGUGGUGAAUAAGGACAGCCCACUUCCAGCUUCUGUACAGCAGGCCGCUGCAGCGACCAAUCACAGCGCAGAUCUGGAUACUGUCGACAUCAGUGACAUCAUCAGAGAGGCCUACGAGAGAUUCAGUGAUAUUACUUGGGAGGAUGUGGAGAACAUGCGCAAACGCAACAAACUGUAUGUCAUUCACACACUUGAAGAGACGACAAAACAAAAUGUUUUGCGAGUUGUUGCUCAGGAUGUGAAGUUUGACAUCUGUCAGCUGGAGGAGCUGUACUUUCU